UGUUGCCAGAGUAGUACGUUGUAGCAAUUGUUCUUGUCGAUCCCAGUACAUCACACAGUCUCGCUGCUUUUUUUUACAUUCGCAAACGGUUCCAGACUUAAGUUGUCAGCUCUGGACUUGCAGACCACAAGGAUGAGCAGUAACUGGUAGUAAGGGGUAGGACGUAGUUGCUAAGAAGCUGAGGAGCAAAGCGGCCGAAAGCCUCCAACGCGCAACAGCAGCGUGUCUUGGACAUCGAGAAAUGCCUGCGCAACACGCUUCGGUGGACGUGCCGUCUGCUAUUCAAGAGAAUCCUAUGUCAACAAACAUCCACAAGAAUCCUCUAGCUUCUGUGCAAUACGACUUGUCACCAGACACAUCACCAUUAGAGCGCCGCGGAAGUUUGUGCAUAGCAGUCGACGCCGCUCCACCCUCACGGCGCAGCAGCACUGACCUAGAGCGAGAGGAGACCCAGGAUACGGACGCAAACACUCGUCAACCGUUGCUCCUGGGCUUCAGGGAUGGAGGGGAGCCUGUUUCCCUACCAGAAAGCAAUGCAUCACUCUCCUUUCCCAGCGCUAACGCGCCUUGGUACCGCAAGCUCUUCGCAUUUGCGGGACUGGGCUUCCUCAUUAGCGUAGGCUACAUGGACCCUGGCAACUGGGCCACCGACCUGGCUGCCGGCUCCUCCUUCGGCUACACGCUGCUGUUUGUGGUGCUGCUGUCCUCGCUGUGCGCCAUGUUCCUGCAGUACCUGGCACUCAAGCUCGGCAUUGCGUCAGAUAGGGACCUGGCGCAGGCCUGCCGCGACGCCUACCCGCCCGCUCUCAACCGCCUGCUGUGGCUGGUGGCCGAACUCGCCAUCGCAGCCACCGACCUGGCGGAGGUGGUGGGCUGUGCAAUCGCCUUCAACCUGCUGUUUGGACUGCCGCUGUGGGCUGGCGUGCUGCUGACGGGCGCGGACGUGCUGAUCAUGAUGGUGAUUGAGGCCAAGAGCUUUCGAGCGCUUGAAGCCCUGGUUGCGGCGCUCACGGCGAUUAUUGCGGGGUGCUUCAUCUACGAGAUGGUGCGAUCCAAGCCCGACAUGGCUAAGGUGAUGCGAGGCUACCUGCCCAGUACCCAGAUCGUGACUGACAGCAAGACCCUCUACAUCGCCACGGGUAUUCUGGGCGCAACCGUCAUGCCACACAACCUCUACCUGCACUCCUCGGUCAUCCAGACGCGCGCCUAUCCUCGAACCGCGCCUGGACGCGCCCUUGCGAUUCGCCUGGGCGCCCUGGAUUCCACGCUCUCGCUGUUGCUGGCCUUCACAAUUAACUCGGCUAUCCUAAUCGUCGCGGCGGCAGCAUUCCAUUACGGCUCGCCGCCAAGGACGGACAUUGCGGAUAUCGCGGACGCGUACCAGCUGCUGGCAUCAUCUUUGGGAGCUAAGGCGGCGUCGGUGCUGUUUGGCGUGGCGUUGCUGGCUGCAGGGCAAAACAGCACCAUCACGGGAACGCUGAGCGGCCAGAUUGUGAUGGAGGGAUUCCUCAGCAUCAAGCUGCGCCCGUGGCUUCGCCGCUUAAUUACCCGUGGUACUGCAAUCGUGCCUGCAGUCAUAGUUGCUGCGAUCAUGGGACGCCAUGGAGUUGCGCAGCUGCUCGUGCUGUCACAGGUUAUCCUGUCACUCACGCUGCCCUUUGCGGUGUUUCCGCUGGUGCACUUUACCUCCUCUCGGCGCUAUCUGGGUCGUAACGCCAACCACUGGGGCGUAUCCGUGAUUGCAUGGAUGCUGUUUGUGGUCAUCACCGGCCUCAACGUGAACCUGCUGGUGCAGUCCUUCAUCUCUGGCAGCUUUGGCGGCCUGGGGCACUAGGCUCUGGACUGUCUGGCUGUCUGGGCAGAGGCCUGUGCUCUCCCAACUGUGAUCCUGUCACGACGGACCGGUGCUUGCCUGACCUCCCUCCGUAGCUAACACUCGGACAUAAGGACGUAGAGCGGUGGCUCAGCUUUGUAGUCACUGCUUGAGGCUUGAGGGUACGGUUACAGGCAGAUGGACUUUGCAAUGGAGCUGCGUGGUAAUCUGACCGAACUGUGUAUGUGUGGUACCGGUAUUCGGCGUGAUCUGCAAGAUGGUAUAGCGUACGGAGCCUUGCGCCUGCGUGGUAUUGUGCCUUGUCAUGUGAACCAACCUGAGUGUAUUUUGGAAGUGUUGUUGCUCGAUAUUAGUACAGGGAGAGCAUGAGGAACCCUCAGUGCCGAUAUAGGAUGAGCGCUAUAUGAGUACGAGGGAGGGGUCUGGUGCAAACCAUCUGAGAUGCUGGUUUAGGGAACAAGGGAUACCGCUGUCUUUCAACACGGCGAACGAGUGCAAGAUUGAUGGCUGUGAUUGCUUCAGGGGAUGUUGCAUGCGACGCUGGGCCGGAUUGGGGGCAGGAUGCGCAGCGAUCGAGGGAGCUUUUGGAAUGGUGGCCUGCCUAGCCCUUAUCGCACGUACCUAGUGCCGAUGCUGCUUAAGAUUGGAUCUUACAAGGAAACUGGGCCGUCGUGUAUCGACGGUUUAGAUAUUGCGGUGCAGGAUUGAACCGGUGGGGUAGGCGAAGUAGAUGCGUUGACUGUGGCAGCUUCUGAGUUUGCGACCUGGUAAUCUUAGAUCCUUAGGUUAGCUUGAAGUAUGGCGUGGUAUCCAUGGAUUCACUAGGAGUGCAGGCCUAGAUAGGAUAGGGUAGACCUAGAAGCGAUCUGCAGUGACAGGAGGGCAACGUGUGGACAAUCGUAAUUAGGACGUGUGGGUGAUAGGUGUAUGAGCUUAUCGUCGUUGACAGGAAUAGACAAAUCGUGACUUGUGGUUGCGAUAAACAUGACAUUGAAGGAUCGGCUUCCAAAUAUGGGAAAUCGGGUUGCGGUGCAACAUUACUGGUAGAACCUGAUAGGAUACUCAACGCUCGACGUGUCAUCUUGCCCUACAGGCCCCUGUUAAAACAUUCCUAUGUAGGCUUCUUCGCAUCAGGUAUGUAAGUUGUACCGGCGGUAAGCGUCCGCUGCCCUGCAGGCGGCAAGUGGUGACAUAGAGCAGUACAAAUUAGGCAAUGAUGAUGGACGGAUAGCGGGCUUUCAAAUAGCGGUUGGUCCCAAUAACGC